AUUUUUUUAAUAUAUAUGUAUAUUUUUUAUUUUUUUUAAAUAUAAACUUUACAAUAAAGCACAUAUGUAUUUGUAAAAUAACCCACUGUGCGACGCAUGCUAACAACAAUAGCGCGUGGUUAAGGUGCGCCCUACAGUUUCAACCAACACAGUUACGUGGCCAAUGUAGUUCCGCAAAGCGAAAAACGAACUUCUUUAAAACAAAUAUCUGCUGAGUUAUCAACGCCAUGUUUCCUCCCCAUUUGCCAUACGUGCGAUCGCAGUAAACAACUCGAAACAGAAAAUUGUACUUUUUGGAGUUUUCGCAGCGUUCGUUUGUCGUGUGCCGCUUGUCACUCAACAUAAUUAAAUAUAUAGUAAAAACAAAGCGUAACAAAAAAUCUGCAAACAAAAACCGCAAAAGCAACAACAACAUAUAUAGAUAUGCCGCAGAAAAUGCACAAUCUGCAUUACUCAUUUUUCAAUUAGAAUAAUUCAUUUCGUGUUAAAAAAUAAAAAGAAAGUCAACAGAAACAUAAAAAUAAAAUGAGAAAAAUUUAAAAGGAAAAUUCAUAAAGAAAUUGUCUGAAAAGUUGAACUUCAGCUAAAGAAUUAUUUUAAUAAACAUAAUUGCAAUUUAUUGUCACAGCUGCUGCACAACACGAAGAAACGCGUAUACAAACGUUUGCCGGCGUGAGGCGUCAGUGAGCGUGUGCAUUCUGCUGUUGUGUUCUGCGCUAGAAAGUGUUAAAAGCCCUGGAAAUUGCGAAAAGUCAACAGCAGCGUGUGCAGUUGCAGAGAAACGUUGAAAGAAUGUUUCAAAUAUAAAACCUGAAUUCGUACUCGAACGCGCGCCGUAACCGAUCUGUUCUAUUCAUAAAGUGUCCUUAAUUAGUGAACUUGAAGUUAUCACCCUUGUGAUUUAUGUGAAAUAUUUGCAUAAGCAGCAAAAUACCACAGCAAGAGCUUCAUUACAACAACAUGCUGCAUUUUGAACGAUUUCACUUGUUACCGUUACGGAGCGUGAUUGUCAUCCUGCUUUUGCUCGUCUACGCAACACAAAGAAUCUGUGCUGAUAAUAGUCUCGCCGUCAACCGAUCCGUUCCCGCCUGUAAAUUACCACCGAUGCCUUUGCUCUGCGACAAUAAGCUGCUCCGUUACGCCUACAAUGCCGCCACCGGAAAUUGUGUGAGCCUCUAUACCAGCGGCUGUGCUACAAAUACAAUGACGAAACAUUUUCUCACCUUCGAGGAAUGUCGACGCGAUAAUAUGCCAAUAAUGCGCUAUUAAAUGUUGUAGCAUGCCUAAACGCCAUUUUUAGUAGCUAUGAAAUAAUAAAGGAAUCAUUCAGAGUUCUAAAAA